GAAAAGAACACCAUACGUUACAGUGAGUAUGACAUAUUGACGCAAUAGGUGCUCUGCCUCUGUGCUGCGACCUUACAGGAACACAAAACAUAAUUCUUUCAUUAUAUCAAAUCUUUGAUCAUUUCUACGAGGAGAGACUGCAGCUCAUGAAGCAGAUCCAAACAUGGCCGUUGAGUACCGGGCCUCCACAGUAACAAACAUGGACAUGGAGAACAGUAAAAUUGGCUAUAAGCAAUUCUUCACGGACGGCAGCAAGCUCCAGUCUUCAGUCUAUGCAAUGAGAAACAGCCCUUUCCGGAUCGCCACAGUUUGCCUUGGUCUGCUGUGUCUAAUCCUGUUGUUGGGGGUUAUAGGUCAGCGUGUCCACUAUCAAAAAGCAGAGCAAGACCAUCAGAACAGGCUAAAAUCCAUGCGUAAAGAGAAAGAGAAUGUGCAGCAGGAUUUGAGGUCAGCGGAAAAACAGAAAAAAGAUCUCGAAGUUACAAAUACUGACUUGCAGGAAAAUAUCCGUGACAUAUCUGAUAGACAUUAUCGCACAGAUUCCAACAACAACUUACUGAAUAGGCAGGUAAGUGAACUUAAAAGUAGCCAAACCCAGUUACAGGCCAGUAACACUGCUGCAACUAAGGAGAUAGAAGCACUAAAAGCCAGUAAUGACCAGCUCCAAACUAAUAAUAAUGCCUUGACUACAGCCAAAGACCUGAUACAAAAACAACAUGAUAUAGAGCUCAACCGCAAAAAUGAGUUACAGGCUAAUUAUCUCUCAGUGACCAAAGAAAGGGACAAUUUACAGAAUAAAUACAAUAUCGCAACCAGACAAAGAGAUCAGCUCCAACUGAAUUACAACACCUUGUUUAAGGACGUAGAGCACCUGCAGGACAGAUACAACCACUCUACCAAUGAGAAAGACAAGCUAGCAAGCAGCCACCAGAAUCUGACGGUAGAAAAGGAAAGUCUGCAGUCCGGUUAUGAUCUACUUGUAAAAUCCUUAGAUGAGCUGCAGGCUUCUUACAAGUCAUUGAUUCAAGAAAAACAGGAUAUGGAAAGCAGUUGCCAAAAUGUAACUGUGGAGAGAGACCUGCUGGAGAAGAACAACGACAACCUGACUGCUGAGAGUGAAGUGCUGAAAUUGGAAAUUGAGCAACUGAAGGCAAAGAUUCAAGCAAAGCCAUGCCCCACUGGCUGGAGAAAAUAUGAGGGCAGCUGCUACUACACUUCUACUGGCAAGAAAACCUGGAGUAAGGGUAGAGAAUACUGUCAAAGCAAAGGAGCAGACCUGGCAAUAGUAAAAAGCCAAGAGGAAAUGAUCUUCAUCAAUAGCUUGUAUUCAAGUGACAAAGAAGUCUGGAUUGGAUUGACCGAUCAAGGAGUAGAAGGGAAUUGGACAUGGGUAGAUGGGUCACCACUGACCACGACGUUCUGGGGUAAAAACCAGCCCAACAGCUUGAAUGGGAGGAACCAGGACUGUGUGGAGGUCUGGCACCGUGCAACAGGAAAUGGAGACUGGAAUGAUGAGAACUGUAACGUAGAACAGAACUGGAUCUGUGAGAUGUAGUUUUCCUGUGCAGAGUGGACGAGAGCUUUGGCUUGACAUGCUGGCCAAUGUCUGGUACAGAUGAUUAUCAUGUAAUAUCAAAUUUACACAUAAUGACACAGAGCUUUGCUAACAGCCAAAGCCUGAAUGUAUUGUUGUGAUAAGUAAUGUAAGUCAAAUUUAGCAGAUGACUGAUCGUGUGUGGAGCUGAUACACUGAGAUAAUUUGUUUGGAUAAAACUGCUUAGGUAAUGUUGCACCAGUUAACUGUACAACGAUAUCUGUACACACUAAUGAAUGAUUUUCAGCGCACACAUAUGUGAAGUAGACGCUUCCAGAUUAUGUGAGACUAAUUUGCAACUAAUUAAUCAAUUUUCCUAAAAGUUGUACCUACCAAUCAGUUGCUAUCAGGCUUGUGAUAGAGCAGCUGGGUGGAGUUUGAGCUCACUUAAAAUUGGGCCCUCUGGUGCCAGGCCCUGAAAAUCAAAAGUGAAAAGAUAUAAAAACAUCAUCACAGUGAGAUUGUUCUCAGUUUAAGCUUAUGCUGGCUAUUCUGUGCUCAGUUAUGGCUUCCUGUAUUACCUCAAAGACCAGCCAGUGCGACGGUUCACAAGGAGAUAAAUGGAAAUGGAGUGUUCUGUAUUAUGCAUAAUUCACUAUGUAUUAACAACCAUUCAGUAUGUACAUUUAACUAUUUAAAUUGAUGCUUAAAUUGUAAUUAAACAUUUUUUUUUGCACUUCUUUUUAUAUAAAUACAUUUUAUAUAUCAAUUCAUGGAAACAUAUAAAACAAGUGAUUUCAAAUGAAGUAAUUCACCUUGUACAACAUCAAGUUCAUCAAUGUGGUCAAAUAAUUAAAUAAAGUACUAAGAUGAUCAUUGGCCUA